AUGGAAAUGGAAAUCACUGAGAGAAAGGAAUAAUAAGCUUGCGUAGAAAAGGUUUAAGAUGAAGAUGAGCAAUAUGAAGAAGAAUAUGUGCCUACAACAAAGGGAAUAGUGUACUAAUUAAACAAAGAAUAGAAAAAUUUGAAAAGGUAAUUCAAUUAGGUCCUAAUUUUAGGAAUUAUAUUGUUUAUUAUCUUUUUGUGGCACCAGUAUUUGUGA